AAUGUUGGAAUAUUUGUGGCACUUGGUGUUACCUUUGCUGGAAUCAGCGCCGGAUGUUCUACGUUUGGAUACGAGAUAGUAGUUUAUUGGCGAGAUGCUUCGGCUGGAAUGAGUACAAUCCCAUACUUUAUAGCCAAAAUUGUUGCAGACAUUCCUCGCAUAAUUAUCGCAGCCCUUAUGUUUUCAUUAUCGCUUAUUAUAUUUUAUCCAUUUCAAGCACUAUUUCAUGAGAUAUAUGGUAAUGUUCUUUUUACAUAUAUUUCUGCAUGGAUGAUGG